ACAUCAUUAUUGGAAAACAAUAUAUGAAUUUAUUUCUAAAUUUCAAUCUAAAUUAAAUAUUUUUCAAUGACUAAUGAGACUGAAGAGUCAGGUGAGAAUGCUGGCACUGGUGGACCAAGUCAGUCUGCCUCAAUGGGCAGCCUCAGUCAGGAUACUGGUGGUAGCCCUGAGAUAGAAAAGCAACCUUCUAAUUUUAAUGGAGUCCCUGGUUCAAAUUCAUCAUCCCUUAGUCAUGAUCCAUCGUGGCCUGGGACUGCUAUGUCCCAAACAAGUACCAAAAUUACCAAGAGUCACUGCCAUGGAGGAGAAAAUGGUGAGCAGCAAGAGAGAAGUUCAGUCCUGAAAACCUUGAAUGACUAUUUACCAAAGUAUGGCUUCAAAGUUGAUUUGGAUCAUAGAUUCCCUAAGAAGUGGGAUCCCUAUGUUAUACCUCCCCUGGGUAUGGUCAUGGAGAUGCUACUACCAGGUGUUAGGUAUUUGAAGCAUUUUAUAUCUUCAAUUCUGAAGUCAAAGAAGCCCUUCAUUGACCUAUUCAGAUUGGUUUCCAGCAAGUGCAUGUAUGGUGUUCCUCUGGGUGGAAUAGGAUGUGGCACAAUCGGUCGAGGCUUCAGAGGUGAGUUUUGCCGCUUCCAAAUGACCCCAGGAAAUGUUGAUUUCAACACAGCUGCAGCUGAUCAGUUCAUCCUCACAGUGAGAUCAGAGGCGGGCAAGACUCUACUGCAGAAAGUGCUUUCUCCUUCAAGUCGCCCCAAAGGCCGCAAAUUGUCAGCAUGGGACUGGCAGUGUAACAGUGAGAUCCAGGGCAGAUACUGUGGUCUUUACCCUCGCUCAUGGACUGUGUACGAUAUCCCCAGACUGCAGUUACGGCUCAUCUUGAGACAAGUCUCCCCUGUCAUCCCUGGGGAGUACAAGGAUUCGUGUUUGCCAGUGGGUGUAUUUGUGUGGACUGUGGAGAACUCGAGCAGCCAGGCUCUGCAAGUCUCCAUCUGCAACACCUUCAAGAACGGAACUGGGGGCCCAGACGACGUCAAGGGGUCGUGCUGGAGUGAGACGAGGUGUGGUGACAGCGACGCUGUGAUGCUGCACCACACAUACCGUGGUGCUGACGUCACCUACUGCCUCGCUGCCCCCCGACAGACGGGCGUGAAGACCUCAGUUUGCCUCGCUCUCGACCCCAACGGGAAUGGAGCGGAGCUCUGGAAGUCCCUACAGACCACAGGCCAACUCCAGACCACCUUCUCCUCCCCCCCAGACCCCGCCACGCCUGUUCCCGUAUCAGAGUUGGCGGUGGCGCUGAACUGUGAAGUGAUGGUACCUGCUGGCGGGACAAGCAGCUUCGAGACCGCCCUGUCCUGGGACAUGCCCGUCGUUUCCUUCAAGGCGAGAACGCGUCAGCACAAACGGCGAUAUACACGCUGGUUCAGCGGUACCGAUGCUGCCGCCGCGAUUGCGAGCUACGCGCUCCAGCGCUACCGCCACUGGGAGACGCAAAUCGACGCUUGGCAGAGCACCAUACUUGACGAGCCGAAGCUGCCAGAGUUCUUCAAGAGCGCGCUGUUCAACCAGCUCUACUACGUCGCUGACGGGGGGACGGUCUGGCUCGACGUUGAUGACGACGAAGCUUCCAGCUUCCCAAGCCACGACCCGCGGUUGGAGUACGGACGGUUCGCAUACCUGGAGUCGCACGAGUACCGCAUGUACAAUACGUACGACGUUCACUUCUACGCGUCAUGGGCGCUGGUGAUGCUGUGGCCGGAGCUGCAGCGCGUCCUUCAGUACGACAUGGCCAUGUUUUCCAUGCAGGAGGACACUACACUCCGAACGUACAUCAUAUCUGGCAACUCUGGCACAAGGAAAGCUCCCAACACAGUCCCACAUGACAUCGGGGACCCUGAAGACGAGCCGUUCUCUCGCAUCAAUGCCUACAUCGCUCAUGACGUCAAGGGAUGGCGGGACCUGAACCUGAAGUUUAUUCUGCAGGUGUAUCGCGACUUCAAGCUUUUCGGCUCGGACAUGCGCUACCUGAAAGACAUGUGGCAGACGUGCGUGGCUGUGAUGGAGAGCUCCAGCAAGUUCGACACGGACGGCGAUGGCCUCAUCGAGAACAGCGGAACUGCGGACCAGACCUUCGAUACGUGGGUCAUGCACGGACCAUCCGCGUACUGCUGUUCGCUCUGGCUUGCCGCUUUGGGCGCCAUGGAGGAGCUCGCGGACGUCCUGGGCUGUGGGGAAGAGCGCACCAAAUACGCACAAAUGCUCACCAAGGCCCAGACCUCCAUGGAGAAGAAGCUUUGGAACGGCUCGUACUACAACUUCGAUAGCUGCGACCACCCACACCACCUGACCAUCAUGUCAGACCAGCUAGUAGGCCACUGGUAUCUCAGCCUCUCCGGCAACAACAAAGAGGUUUUCAAAAAGGCUCAUGUGGUAACCGCUUUGAAAACCAUGUAUGAGCAAAACGUGAUGAAAUUCUGCAAUGGGAACAUGGGCGCCGUGAACGGCAUGAAACCUGACGGGGAAGUGGACUGCCACACCGUCCAGAGCCAGGAGAUGUGGCCGGGCACCGCCUUCGCCCUGGCUGCCACAUUCAUUAAAGAGGGCAUGUUGGACGAGGGCUUCCGCACGGCGGAGGGCAUCUACAACACAACCUACUACGAGACCGGCCUGGCCUACGACAUGCCUGAGGCGCUCUACGCCACGGGUCACUACCGCGCCGUGGGCUACAUGCGGCCUCUUAGUGUGUGGUCCAUGUACCGCGCCUGGUGCCUCGUUAACAACAAGUGAUCCCCACACCAAUAAUGUGUGGUCCAUAUACCGCGCUUGGUGCCUCGUUAACAACAAGUGAUCCCCACACCAAUAAUGUGUGGUCCUUGUACCUCGCCUGGUACCUCGUUAACAAAAAGUGAUACCCACACCAAUAAUGUGUGGUCCUUGUACCGCGGCCUGGUGCCUCGUUAACAACAAGUGACCACCACACCAAUAAUGUGUGGUCCAUGUACCGCGCCUGGUGCCUCGUUAACAACAAGUGACCAGCACACCAAUAAUGUGUGGUCCUUGUACCGCGCCUGGUACCUCGUUAACAAAAAGUGACCCGCAUCCCACAACAAUAACGUGUGCUUCAAGUACUAGAAUAGGAAUUCUAUUUUGAUACGCUCUUGUUUUUUAAAUGGAUUGUUAUAAGUUGAAAAACAUGAACCAAUUAGAAAAUGUGCUAAUUAGCCUUCAAAUUCAACAGUAUGCAAUGAAUACUUUUUCAAAAUGGGAUAACUAUAACUGAUAACAAAUUAAUGGUGAUAUUCCUGUAAAGUGUCAGGGGAUUUGCAGAGAAAUUUAAUAGGUCGGUAGUAUGCCAAGCCAAGUUCAUCAAUGUAUGGUUAUUUAGAGGUAUUUCCUGAUUACGAUUGGGUUUGAAUCUUAGUGUGUCGUGUGAAAGAAAGGUUGCGUUGCUAGACAGAAAGGUGAUGUACUGCGAACGCGCUCUAAAUAUAUGUACAUUUUUGAACGUCGGACAUAAUAUUACGGUGUAUUUUAGGACUCUGUGGAUUGUCAAGUUCGAUAAUUAAUGCAGCUGUAAUAGAAUAUGCCAUAUAUUGUCGCUUCAAGGAUAAUUUCAUCUCUGUCUAGUGUUGAGACUAGGGAAGUGGAGUCCUAUGAAAUUCAGUUAUUACAAACGCGGUUUUAGGCGUUAGAAUAUACGGCGUUAAUAGACAAUAUUUAUUGAAAAUCGAAUUCCAGUGUUGAGUACGACCCGUUUCUUUACGAAAGUAUACACAUCCAAAUUUUCUUCUGUAUUGAACUUAUGCUCAUGCAUGUAUUAGCAGACCAUUGUAAGCUCCGACGAGGAAGAUCUUACUGCCCGACGAAGCUCUAUCAGAAAUUCAUACGUGAGACAAUAAUCUUUGCGGUACAUGUUCGUUGAGAGAGAAAAUAGAUACAAAUUCAUCAGCAUUGUACACCAGUUUGUGUUCGUUGCCGUAGCGCAGAUCUCUUUGAUACUUCAAGGCAAUUUAUUUUUCGGAUCUGUAAUUUAUCUGGUCAAGUUAUUGCUCAUCAUGGAUAAAUAUAUUAUAUUCUAUUCCAAACCCAUGUGUAGCGCGCUUACUGCAGCUCUUACUAUUAGCUAUAUUUUUUUCCUAAAGUUGAGAUUUUUUUUUUGUUUUGCUGUUGAGUGUCUUCAUGUUAUUCUGGAAUCAUAAUAAACUAAAUGUUUUGUUUGUCGGUUGCUGUUAAUGGAAAUAAUAUGAGUGGUAACAAUGUGUUGUUGCAGUUAUGUAUACCAUUUAUGUAUGCGAAGCAUCUCCAUAUGUGAUCAUAUUGUAACAUCUACCUGUAUUUUAUAGCUGCAGAGUACAGUUUAUGAUACAAAUAAUAUAUAAGAUUCAAAUGCAUGCCAUGUAAGGUGAAAUUUAAAAAUACUCAUAAAGGCAUUGUAAGGUAAGCCUUCCAUAUUUUUGUGUAGUUGUUUUCGUUGUUACUGUGGUUCCCUUUGUUCGUUUCAUCAGAAGCGCUCGAAGACUUCCACCUGCACCAUAUCAAACCGCUGCUCAGGAGAAUAUUUUAGUUGUAUGGUGGCAGCUGCCAAGUUCUGGCAUGCUGGACAAGGAUUGCCGCAUUUUUGGAGGGAAUCCGCAAAGUUAAUACUUCCACUUUUUUUUUUUUGCUAGUCAGACGUUAGAGGGCAUUUUACGUUUCAAAGGCGUUGUGGUAUCUGAAUGCGGGUCUCGGAUCUUUGGUCAAGUUGUCGUGUGGGCACAAUUCCUUGCACUUCCUUUCCCUUGAGCAGUUGAGCGAAAGGUAGCCAUCUAUUGUACGAGCAUCGGCGUUUCUGUUCUUCUGUUGAAAAAUUUUUUCAGCGAAGUGCUAUCUCCGCUGUUUCUAUGUAACUUCAGCCGGCCAGUAAUUUGUGUCCAUACGCCCCUCCUACGAGAUAAAUGUCGAUGUUUGAUGCAAGAAUCUUGUUACCAGUUAUGAUUGCAUGGAAUCCGUGUAAUAUUAUUUCAUUGCUUUUGCGUUUUUAAUACAGUUAUCUAUAAUGCUACUACUGCAUGUACUUUAAACACUACUACUAAUAUUACUACUGACAGCGUUGCAAGCGCCUGUGUGCCCUCAACUUGAGUGCUUCAUCUAAUUGUUGUGUUGUUUGAUUAAAGUUGUAACGUCAAGCAGCAUCCGUGGCGCUCGUGGUCGCACUUUCAGGCAAGGUCUGAAGUUAUGAUGACCUCCGCUGAUGACGAUGUCCUGGCAUUCUAGUGACAGAUGUCAUGGUGUGGCUAUGGGUUAGACAUCAGAAUAGAUAUCAUUGUGCCGUCGCUAAUUAAGGCUGAUUUCCACAGCGAGCUCGCGUGAGAUAUCCUCGUCAUGUUCGUGUCUGAAAUCGCUAAUAUUUGUCUCCCAGUUUAUUAGGGAUGUGUGUAUGUUUAAUGUCUACUGAUUGAUAGUUGAGUUGUGGAAUAAAGUUGGACAUUGUGGUUGAUUUUCACGCUCAUUUGCUAUUGGCCUGGAGUAGCUUGAAGGUAUUGGAAAUUAUAGUGAAGGUUAAGGUUUGUGUAGUACGGAUAAAAAAUUAGUGAUGCUAAAGUUUAAUGAUCGUGAUAUUGCAAUGUAACUGCAACGGUUUGUUUUUAAGCAACAAGCCGUAAGUUUGAGUGACUUCAUUACUUCCUGACAUUUUCCUUCGCGUACAUCACCUCCACAGUAAUCCAUGCCUGUUGAUGCCCGUAUCGUCAAAGGUUUAAAGUCAUCGUCCUGCUGACGGUAAAUAAUAAUUCAAAUUAAAAUAAGUUACCUACGUGCCAAACUUGAUUGCUGAAUAAAUUCUAAUCAUUAUAUACUCUGUAGCCUUAGAGUAUUUACAAUGUAAGUCUUGGUGUGGGAUUGAAUAGAGCAGCGAGGUAAUUUGAGUGUACUGUACUACGGAGCACUAGAGCCUUAUCCAGUGUAGAGAGUGCGGCGGCUUAGGUUGACGCUUUACUCACUCGUGCAUGCUCAUCUGGCUGUAGACAUUCCUAUCCGAUAUAUACCUGUUGGUAACUUGGUAUUUCACGAUGUAAUUUUACAAGAAUUUUUCUUCCAAGCAUUUAGCGAUUCAUCUCGUUUACGGAGAGGUGUUAGCGUUACAUUUUAUGUUUUUUUUACAUAAUUAAUAAGGAAUUAUUAUCUCGUGUGACAACACAGAAAUUGAGUAGCCUUUCACAUGAUACUUAUUUCAAGUUAAACUCAGUAAUUGUAUGUAUUGCAGGUGUUUUAGUAUAUGCUAUUGUUAUCAUUUGAAACAUUCCCGAAAAUUCCAUCUGGUUUCCCUAUAAUUUUCAAAUUUGAUGCAAUUCAUACAGAUCAUUUUUGCAUGCUUUUAAAAAUAGUGGUUUCUGUUGCAUAGAGCGAUCAAUUUGGUAGUUCAUAACUUCAUGAUUUUCAUGCUAAAUGAUUGUCUGUUGAUGAUUUUUAUCUCGUUUUGUCUGAUGAUUUUUCUCUCGUUUUGUCUGAUGAUAUUUCUCUCGUUUCUUCCUCCAGAUCAUUUAUAUGUUGUUCUUAAGUGUUAUCUUCCUAGUGCUUACGGUUAUGUUUUGUCGGUUAUUUUUCUAACUUAAAUCAUCCGUGUUUCUUCACCGUCUUCCUUCGAUGGUUACUCAUUCUUUGUAUUUUUUGAAGAAUCAUUCGUGCCAUACUCGACGAACAAAUCGAAAGCUGUGUUUUACGGUAAAGUUAGUGUAGAAAGCGAAUGGCUUUCUACCCACCAUUGCACUGCGCAGGUUGAUAAUUGUUCAUUCGUUUGUGCUUUUAGUCACCAUCAUUUCAUGCAUCGCCUAUCGGAAUUAUAGUCUGGUUUAUCAACCAAACACUCGGCACUGAUUGUAUUCCUUUUUUUAGUUUUGCUAAAAUGGUGAUAUUUUGUUUCGAGUUUCGAUGUUUCUGAAAGGCUUGUUGGUUUUGCAACAGAAUGUUUCUUGGAACGGAAUGUCUUCCCAGGCUAUUUUUUGGAUUCUGUAUUUGUUGUGACUUGUGCCAAUGCUUAGAGUGUUCCUUCUAUUUGAUCGCUUUUUAUAUGGUGUGGUGAACUAUUUACCUUCGUAAAGUAUUCCGAGCUUCGUAAUUUACAGGAGAGAUUAUUCGCAUAGUCAUAUUUUGUGUUAAAUGAUUGAGUUUUUGUUCGUCUCUCCCAUGUCAUUAAUCCCUGCCAUGAGGCUAUACUUAUUAAGUUCUUCAAAUCUUCUGUCUAGUCGCGUUCCAUCUUCCUGGCCUGCCUGGGCUUUAUGCAGGGCAUUAAACUCGUUUCGACCUCAUGCACAAUUCCGUCUCUUGAAAUAAUAUAGAGUUGGUAAGACUCAAUUGGCUGAUAUGGCUAAGAGGUUGGUGAAGCUUCUUAUUUACUCGUCAAUUUUCACUGCGGCCUUAAGUGCAGCCAGUCGAUUGUUAUAGAAAGCAAUUGCUUGUAAUCAACCGAUUGAGCGACUUGCUAGAUAUCGUUGAAGUUAUGCUGUGGUACAAUGCGCAUCUCUUGGUGGCUGUUGUACGCAGGUAACUGACUGGACAUUGAGAAACACCUGCCCUCUGUUGUAUCUCACAGAAUUUCGAGAAACAUUUCCUUAUCUCACCUAAUCGAAUUGAUUUCCCUAUCUCUCUUCAAAAUGUAUGUAACAUGGCAGGACGAGUGGAUACGAUCUGGAGACAGCUACAAGAAUUCGAAGAAAGUGUCCGGCCAUAGUUUGCCAGGUAUAUGAAGGGGUUUCUUCCCCCCCUUCGUAUUGGGUACUCGUCUGUCGCCUAUGGUCAUUUCAUGGCAAUUCGAUGGGUUUGUGAUCAUGAAAUUUUUACGAGAUUGUUGCUCGGUGGUUGGAGUGCAAUGCUGUUGGUAGCUUUGACAUCAAUGUUCCUUGCUAAUGGUAUCGAGGUGACGCACAGACGGAAGCUACAUAUUUUGCUUUGGUCUAAUAACAGAUUUUAUAAAACUUUUGAGUACUCCGUACAUGUUUCUCAUCUGCUCUAUGUUAUACGCAAUUGGUUUCAAAGAUUUCACGUGGUUUUAUAUUUUAUCUAAGUUAAAAUAAGUUUUUUGUGUCUUCACUAUAUUUUAUUGUUAUAGACAUGCGUAGAAACAUCAAUCAACCAUUCCACACACGCUGAAUAACUUUUAUGUGAAUUAAAAGGUGCGCUGACAAAUUCUUGACUUAGACAACUCCAUUGAUUUCACUAUUUGUUCAUUGAAUGCGCAACCUGUACAGUGUACACUCGUGAGCAAAAUUCAGUCACCAUACAUUUGUGCUGUCAAUGCUGAUUUUAUGGCCUUGCAUUAGUGAAUUUUUCUAUGGACCUGAUUGAAUAUAGAUUUGUGAAA